AUGCCGAACUUCACAGUAGAGGAGAUGCGUGCGGCCAUGGAUGAGCCUCUUUACAUCCGUAACAUGAGUGUCAUUGCUCAUGUCGAUCACGGCAAGUCCACUUUGACCGAUUCCCUUAUCUGCCGUGCUGGCAUUAUCUCUUCUAAGGCCGCUGGUGAUGCUCGUUUCACUGAUACUCGUGCUGAUGAGCAGGAGCGUGGUGUGACUAUCAAGUCUACUGGUGUCUCUCUGUACUACGAGUACAAGGCCGAGGACAAGGAGAAGGAACACGGUUACCUUAUUAACCUUAUCGAUUCCCCCGGUCACGUUGAUUUCUCAUCUGAGGUUACUGCUGCCCUUCGUGUUACCGAUGGUGCUCUGGUCGUCGUCGAUUGCAUUGAGGGUACCGCCGUCCAGACCGAGACUGUGCUUCGUCAGGCCUUGAGUGAGAGGGUCAAGCCAGUUCUGUUCAUGAACAAGGUCGAUAGGUGUAUCUUGGAGUUGCAGAUGGACCCUGAGGAGAUGUAUGUCAACUUCCGUAAAUGCAUUGAGGAUGUCAACGUCAUCAUCGCCACUUACAACGAUGAGCUCAUGGGUGAUUGCCAGGUCUAUCCCGAGAAAGGUACCGUCGCCUUCGGUUCCGGUCUUCACGGCUGGGCUUUCUCCAUCGAGAAGUUCGCCGAGAUGUAUGCUUCUAAGUUUGGUGUCCCCAAGUCUAAGAUGAUGAAGCGUCUCUGGGGUGAUACUUUCUUCAACGCCAAGAAGCACUCUUGGACUAACGUCGCCGAGCCUGCUGGUCACACUGGCAAGCCCCUCCCUCGUGCCUUCUGCCAGUUCAUCGUUGAGCCUAUCACUCAGAUGAUCCGUGCCAUCAUGAACGAGGAUAAGGAGAAGUACGAGAAGAUGCUCAAGUCUUUGAACAUCGUCCUCAAGGGUGACGACAAGCUCCUCACCGGUAAGCCUUUGAUGAAGAAGGUCAUGCAGACUUGGUUGCCUGCUGCCGAUACUUUGUUGGCUAUGAUCGUCGAUCACUUGCCUAGUCCUGUGUUCGCCCAGAAGUAUCGUGUUGAGAACCUUUACGAGGGUCCUAUGGAUGACGCUGCCGCCAACGCCAUCCGUGCCUGUGAUCCCCAUGGUCCUCUCAUGAUGUACAUCUCCAAGAUGGUUCCCACUUCUGAUAAGGGUAGGUUCUACGCUUUCGGCCGUGUCUUCUCUGGUACCAUUGCUACCGGUAAGAAGGUCCGUAUCCAGGGACCCCAUUAUGUCCCCGGCUCCAAGGAUGACUUGAACGUCAAGAACAUCCAACGUACCGUUCUUAUGAUGGGUCGUUAUGUCGAACAGGUGUCUGAUAUCCCUUGCGGUAACACCUGUGCCUUGGUCGGUGUUGAUCAGUACUUGCUCAAGUCUGGUACCAUCACUGAUAUCCCUGAUGCCCAUAACAUCGCCGAUAUGAAGUACUCUGUGUCUCCCGUCGUCCGUGUGGCCGUCAAGCCCAAGGAUGGUAAGGAUCUCCCCAAGCUCGUUGAGGGUCUCAAGAAGCUUUCCAAGUCUGAUCCCCUUGUUGUCUGCACCACUGAGGAGUCUGGUGAGCAUAUCAUUGCUGGCUGCGGUGAGUUGCACGUUGAGAUCUGCCUUAAGGAUCUUAAGGACGAGUACGCUCAGUGCGACUUCACUGUAUCCGAUCCCGUCGUCUCAUACAGAGAGACUGUCACUACUACCUCGAGUCAGACUGCUCUCGCCAAGUCCCCCAACAAGCAUAACCGUUUGUUCGUGACUGCCGAGCCUUUGGGUGAUGAGGUUAGUGCUGAGAUCGAGAGCGGCAAGUUGGGUCCUCGUGUUGAUCCCAAGGAGCGUGCUAAGGAGCUCGCUGAGAAGUACGACUGGGAUGUUAACGCCGCCCGUAAGAUCUGGUGUUUCGGUCCCGAGACUGAGGGUGCCAACGUCGUCGUCGAUGUCACUCAGGGUGUCCAGUACCUUAAUGAGAUCAAGGAGCAUGUUAACUCAGCCUUCCAGUGGGCUUCUAAGGAGGGUCCUCUCUGUGAGGAGAACAUGCGUGGUAUUCGCUUCAACAUUCAGGAUGUUACCUUGCAUACUGAUGCUAUCCAUCGUGGUGCCGGUCAGCUUAUGCCUGCUACUCGUCGUGUCUGCUUCGCCGCUGAGUUGCUCUCCGGCCCUGCUCUCCAGGAGCCUGUCUUCCUGGCUGAGAUCACCGCUCCUACUGAGGCCAUGUCUGGUAUCUACAACGUGCUCACCAUGCGUCGUGGUUGCGUGUUCGAGGAGAACCAGAAGGAGGGUACUCCUCUGCUUCAGCUCAAGGCCUACUUGCCCGUUGCUGAGUCGUUCGGCUUCACUGGUGCUCUCCGUCAGGCUACCUCUGGUCAGGCCUUCCCUCAGUGCGUGUUCGAUCAUUGGGAGGCUCUUCCCGGUGACCCGAUGCAGGAGGGUUCCAAGGCUCAGGAGCUCGUUCUCAACAUCCGUAAGCGCAAGAACAUCAAGGUUGAGAUGCCCGAUCUCUCCAACUACAUGGAUAAGCUCUAAGCAUUUAGAUUCAUUUCAAAUCUGCUGGUGGUAUUGGUGUAGUUUGAAUCUGCUGCGUCCGUAUCUGUUGACUCCUAUCCAUGGUUAUAGCAUUGAUGAUCUAUCUUUACCGUUCAAGCGGAUGAUUAUGAUAUACUCAUCCGAGGUCUUGUGUAUCAACAGCUCUGCCGUUGCAACAGUGGAUAAUUACAUUAUAACG